GCAACCAGAAAGAAGAAGGUUUGGAUCACGGCCUGUGAAAUAUCGCGGAGCAAAGAUGGAAAGUCCUCGUAUUGGAGUGGUGAGAGAGUCUAUGCUGCAUCGACCUCUCCUAAUUAAGCCUACUGUUGGAAAGACCAAGUCAAGAGGUUUGUCAUGUCCAGGACCUGACUUUGUUUGUGGGACAGCGACCACAGUCCAGGAUGGAGGAGUGCUAGAGGCUAUCUCUAGCUGGCAAACUCACACAAUGUCCUCCAGAAACAGGGUGGCUGAGAGGGAUUUUAUCACCCUUAACCGAGAGGGUGUCAAGUCAGGAUUGGUUACUGCUAAAGAGCUGCACCAGUACCAUGCCUCCCAUGACAUCAGGUGCCAGCCAGUGACCAGAGAGGGCUUUCGCAGGACUGCUCCACCUCGCAUAUCAUCAGAUUCUUCAUUUGGUAUUUCUAACAGACCAUCUACCCCAAUCUCAGAGCUCAUGGAGUGUAAGUAUGCUCAGAGAUGGCUAGAAGAGCAACAGGCAAAGGACAGAGUCCUACAGGCUCAUCAGCACAAGAAGGUUCAGCUUGGGCGUAUACAGGACACACGAACAACCCUCCUCCGCAAGAGUCGCCCCUUGCCUGAGGCUCCAUCUAUGUGGAAACUUCCCCGUUUCCAGCAGGUAGGGCCAGCUUUGGACACCUUUCUAGAUCCUGAAGCCCGGAAAAGAGCUAUGGGUGCCCACUACGCAGAGUCUGCAAGUAGGAGAGGGAUUCUGGGGCAAGGCAUUUACACAGUGGAUUAACAGAGAUUGCGGUUAUUAUGAACAUCUCAAUGCUACUGUUUA